AACAACGUGGGCAUAGGAGCUUCUUGUAGCAACACUUUCCAUAGUGGUGUAGAGCGUCGUCCAUCGGCUCCACGUUAGUACAUUUCCAAAAACGGCAAAUCAUGCAAAAGCCAAAAAUCAUUGGCGAAGAGCGUGGACACGGGCCUGUUUCCACAGAUGGAAAGGUCCCGACCCGGCCCAGAAUCUGACCUACACAAAAUAUUUGAAAGGAAACCGAGAGCACCGACGCAAGGUUGGGAAAAAGCGAGAUAGCCGUUAGAGUGAGAGUGAGAGAGAGGCAUCGUGACUUUUCAAUUGGUAUUAAAAUCGGACGGUUGAGAUUAAGUAGCCGUUGUAUUCAAAACAAGACGAACACACAUGGCCGUUCUCUCCGUGCCUAAUUUCGCUUUUAAUUUCUUUUCCUUUUUAUUCUGGUAUGUGAAUCUCUGCUCAUAAAACCCCAAGAACAAACUGAGAGAGACAGAAAGAGAGAGAGAGAGAGAGAGAGAGAGAGAGAGAGAGGCUUAACCCAACUCGGCCAAAUUCAAUAGCCUCUCUCGGGCCGCUUAAAGAUUCAAGCUUUGAUCAUUGAUCUGGGGCGUAAAGACUCGACCUUUCGUCAAGGUGCUUUCUUUUGGGUUCUAAUGUGUUGCGGCUGGUUUUAAAGGUGAUCGAAAUGGGUUCCAAGGAGAACAAUCAAGGUCUCGUUAGGCCUGCAAAUUUCCAAGGUCCAAGAUUGUUGGGGGGUUCCAAGUUUGUGAAGGAGAUUGGGCACAAUCAUCGAGCGGCACUAAGCAAUAUCACCAAUUUCAAAAGAGAGGCUUCUGGGAAUGAUGCGGCUGGUGAUAAGAAAUUGUCAAAUCUGGGACAUAGACCCAUUACAAGGAGGUUUGCUGCACAAAUGGUCCAGCAAUGCCCAAAGGAAUCUGAGGAAGUCAUUGUGACUACAUUGGUUCCAAAUCCUAGUGGUGUUAGGGAUUGUGAUCAGGAAAUUAAGAAACUGAGCUCAUCUACCGUCAAUCCUAGUGGUCUUGUGGACUGUGAGAUCAUAGAUGUGGAGGACAGUGAGGAUGAAGAUUCUGAUGCUGUGCCAAUGUAUGUGAAGCACACAGAAGCUAUGCUAGAUGAGAUUGAUAGGAUGGAGGAGGAUGAAGAAUCGGAAGAUCCCAUUAUGGAUAUAGACACCAGCUGCAUUAAGGAUCAACUCAGUGUUGUGGAGUACAUAGAUGACAUCUAUGCACACUACAGGAAAACUGAGAAUCAAAGCUGUGUCUCCCCCAGUUACAUGGCCCAGCAACCUGACAUUAAUGAGAAGAUGAGGGCUAUUCUUAUCGACUGGCUUAUUGAGGUCCACUACAAGUUUGAGCUUAUGGAUGAGACGUUAUUCCUCACCAUCAAUCUUAUAGACAGAUUCUUAGAGCGUCAAGUGGUGGUCAGAAAGAAGCUUCAGCUGGUUGGUGUGACAGCCAUGUUACUAGCCUGCAAGUAUGAGGAGGUUUCUGUCCCAAUCGUGGAGGAUUUUGUUCUGAUAUCAGACAAGGCAUAUACAAGGAAAGAUGUCCUUGACAUGGAGAAAUCAAUGGUCAACAAGUUACAAUUCAACUUUUCUGUUCCUACCUCAUAUGUUUUCAUGAGGAGAUUCCUCAAGGCUGCUCAGUCUGACAAAAAGCUUGAGCUUCUGUCCUUCUUCCUCAUUGAGCUAUGCCUAGUGGAGUAUGAAAUGCUAAAGUUUCCACCAUCUCUGCUAGCUGCUGCAGCAAUUUACACCGCUCAGUGUAGUCUUUUAAGGUUCAAGCAGUGGAGCAAAACCAGCGAGUGGUAUACCAAUUACUCAGAAGAUGAACUUCAAGAAUGCUCAAGGUUGAUGGUUACUUUCCAUCAGAAGGCUGAAACUGGUAGGCUAACAGGAGUGCAUAGGAAGUACAGUACUUGGAAGUUUGGCAAUGCUGCUAAAGCUGAACCAGCUGAGUUCCUCCUGAAUCCCUGACACUUCUGCGAGUUGAUGAUCAAAUUUAAGGGGCGAAAGCAUUACUAAUUUCAAGGUCUUUCUUAAGUUGUCACUGAGCAACAGAAGUUGCCCUGGGGGGUCUUAGUGAAACCACAUAUGGGGAUGAUGGGUUUCUUCUUUUGUUGCCAACACAAACAUCUACUUGAGCGUCGUCUGCAUUCUGCAGAUAAUAAUUUCUUAGUAGUUUUCCAUUGACUUAAUGUUUUCUAAGUUUCAAAUGGUUGCUUUGAUGUGAAUAUCCAAAUGGUUGCUUUAUGUGAAUAUAUGUGUUUGGUCUCUUGCUACU